AGUUCUUGACUUUUCAUUCAGGUAUAUUUUUGAACAUAAGGGCACGCAAAGGAUUAUGGUCAUUAACAACUGUUCCUCUAAUGAUGAUGCAGCCUAUUCUGUGGUUGCAGGAGAAGAGAAAUGUACCACAGAGCUUUUUGUCAAAGAGCUACCAAUAAAGAUUGUUAAAGGUAUUGAGCCUGUGAAGACUACAGUGAACGAAAGGAUUGAGCUGGAGUGUGAGGUAUCGGAGGAAGGCGCUCAAGUUAAAUGGAUGAAAAAUGGUGUUGAAGUCCCAACAGGAGUUCGCUCAAGGUAUCGAGUGAAGUGUGAAGGAACCAAACAUUACUUGGUCAUUGAUGAUGCCUCCAAAGACGAUACUGGAACAUAUUCUGUCAUGGCCAGUGGUGGCACUUCAGAGGCUCAUAUUCAAGUAGACUUAAAACCCCUGAAGGUGUUUCAGGAUCUGCAGGAUAUGACAGUGAUGCUGGGGCAACCCAUAAAGCUACACUGUGAAAUCUUCCCAGGAAAUGUUCCAGGUCGUUGGUACAGGAAUGGACAGCUGAUCCAGCCAAGUGAUCGUCUCAACAUUAUACACAGGGCUAAAAUUCACCGACUGGAAAUUGAGACAAGUUCCCUUCAUGAUGCAGGAGAUUACACUUUUGUGCCUGAAGGAUACUCACAAAGCCUGUCUGCCAAAAUCCACAUUAUUGAUCCUCCAAGAGUACAUCUAGAAAGCUUGAACUUCCCAGACAACACCAUCACAGUUGUGGCUGGAAACAAACUCCGAUUAGAGAUUCCUAUUAGUGGAGAACCAGCGCCUAGAGUGGUGUGGAUGAAAGGAGAAAGGGUGAUUCUUGAUUCAGGCCACAGAGUUCACGCUGAAACUUACGGCGACCAGACCAGCCUGACAAUUGAAGUCACAGAGCGCGAAGACACAGGAAACUACAAAAUAGUUUUACAGAAUGAGGCAGGAGAAGCUACAGCUAGUGUCAAAAUCAAGGUUGUUGACAUUCCUGAUCCCCCUGAGGCACCUUUGGUUCCAGUUGUGGGUGGUGAUUGGUGUUCUAUGACAUGGGAACCACCCAAGUAUGAUGGAAGUUCACCCAUAUUAGGAUACUUCAUUGAGAGAAAAAAGAAACAGAGCUCCAGAUGGAUGAGGCUGAACUUUGACUUGAUCAAAGAAACUUCAUUUGAACCUAAGAAGAUGAUUGAAGGAGUGCCAUAUGAAGUUCGGAUCUUUGCAGUCAAUGCCAUUGGCGUCUCCAAACCCAGUGAACCGUCCAAAGCCUUUACUCCCCUUGCUGUGACCAGUGAGCCGACUAUGCUGGUUGUGGACGAUGUUACGGACACCACAGUGACUGUAAAGUGGCGUCCUCCAGAAACCAUUGGGGCAGCUGGGCUGGAUGGAUACUUAGUGGAGUACUGCAUUGAAGGAACUGAUGACUGGGUGCUAUCCAACAAAGAGGUGACUGAGAAAACCAAGUACACCAUCACUGGACUAACUCCAGGAUCUAAGAUUUUAGUUCGGGUCAAAGCCAUAAAUAAAGCUGGAGCCAGUGCUCCACGCACUCUGCAGCACUCUGUCCUUGUCAAAGAAGUGGUUGAACCACCAAAGAUCCGUGUCCCGCGACACCUGAAACAGACUUACACUCGGAAAGUUGGAGAAACUGUUAACCUUGUGGUGCCUUUCCAGGGAAAACCUCGGCCAAAGGUUACUUGGAUCAAGGAAGGCAAUCCUGUCGAACCUUCCCAUGUUAGCAUCCGCAACACAGACUGUGACAGCAUCAUUUUUAUCCGUAAAGCAGACCGAAACCACUCUGGGAAGUAUGAGAUGACGGUACAGGUUGAGAACCACGUUGACACGGCAAUUAUUGACAUACAGAUUGUGGAUCUACCAGGACCGCCUCAGUGUGUCACAAUUGAAGACGUUUGGGGAGAAAAUGUAGCUCUAGUGUGGACCCCUCCGAAAGACAGUGGAAAUGCCCCAAUAACAGGCUACACCAUUCAAAAAGCAGACAAGAAAACAAUGGAAUGGUUCACAUGCAUUGAGCAUUACCACCGGACCUGCAUCACCAUCACAGAACUGGUGGUUGGGAAUGAAUAUUUCUUCAGGGUCUUCUCAGAAAAUAUGUGUGGUCUGAGCGAACUGGCCACCCAGACCAAAAAGAGCGCUCUCAUCGUCAAAGAAGGCUUGCAGAUGAAAAUACCCGAGUACAGCGACCGCGACUUCAAGGAGCCACCAAAGUUCACUCAACCGCUUAUCAACACCUUUGCUGUUGCCGGCUAUAACGCUACGCUGAACUGCAGCGUCCGUGCCAACCCAAGGCCAAAAGUGAUCUGGAUGAAGAAUAAGAUAACCAUCUUCGAUGACCCACGCUACCGAAUGUUUAGCAACCAAGGAGUCUGCACACUGGAGAUCAGGAAGCCCAGUCCCUAUGAUGGCGGCAUGUACACCUGCAAGGCCAUCAACGACCUGGGGGAGGCCCAGGUGGAGUGCAAGCUGGAGGUCAAAGUCCCAACUCAAGAAUUGUGAAUGUAUGUUCUCAUAUAAAAGAUAAGGGGGAUUUACCUUCUUCGAGCUCCUGCAGCGUGGCGUACCCUUACACCUGAUUGAUAAAUACAUGAACGAGUCGAAGAUCGUAGAGCAAGACAAAUGAAACUGAAACCACUACAAAAAGGAGCCUUAGCUUUGCAAAAAUCGUCCACCAUCAGCGACUCUCGUCUCUCGCCUCUCUUUUUGGAUCAGGACACUGAUGACGGAUUGACAGGAACGGGAUGAAUGGAUCGGUUCUGGUGGACGGAGUUCUGGUCUGUGUUGUGGAAUGCUGUGUGCAUGUUUGAAGCUUGUUGUUGCCAUAGAAACACAGUCAUUUCAUCUCCUUUCACUCCCUGUUUUGUUUGAAAUAAUGUAUCACCUCAGAACCUACUUUAGUGUUUAAGAACAAGAAAAAAAUAAUAAUUUAAAUGAGGAUUAGUGAACAGCAACUCAUGUCUGAGGUAUUUUCUGUGGGUUUUUCAUGGGUUUGGUCAGUGAAUGUGUUAUUUUUCAUUGGGGAGUUCCAUAGAAAAGAAAAAGAAAUGUUUAAAUUAUCGAUGUUAAUUUGAGUUUAACUCAACACGAUAAGAACGACUUGGGUAAAGUUGGAGAAAGAAACUUGAUUUAUUCUUUGGCGUUUUGUUUUUCUUGUGAGGAAAUAUAGAAGUUUACUCACAUGCAUGACAUCUAAACCUUUGAGUUUAUUUUGGGCUGAUAAGGGUUCCACCAUAUUUGCAUGCCUUUUCCUUUGUAAUUACGAACUGCAGUUAUAAUAAACCUCUCAAUUACGUCUGUC